GUUGUUGUUGUUGUUGUUGUUGUUAGUCCAGUGGUCGUUGUGAUGGUGAUGGUGAUGGUGAGGAUGAUGAUGAUUGUCUUGAGUCUUCUUCUUGAGGUUGAGUCUUUCAUUGGGUGAGUUGCUUGGUUUUGGUUUUGGUUGGUUGGUUGUUUUUGGUUUUGGUUUUGUUUUUGCUGUGAAGGUGUUGAGAAGAAGUUGAGGGUUGGACUCUGGCUCUUUUCAGGGUCGGAGUGAAAUAAAACAAAACAAAUUAAUGCCAAGAACUGCUUAUUAAGAUGAACCAACAACAACCACUCAAGCUGAUCAACGCUAUCAUCCUACUAUGUGACAUGCAAGAAAGAUUCAGAACCAAAAUCUUUCAUUUCGAACAUGUAGAAAAGAUGGCAGAAAAGAUGUUGAAGGCCUCUAAUAAAUUAGGUCUACCCAUCCUAUCCACCGAACAAAACCCAAAAGCAUUAGGGGGCACCGUCCAAGGCCUAACCGAGCUCCUCCCACCCGAACGCAAGCCUCUACCAAAGAGCCAGUUCAGCAUGCUAGUCCCCGAAAUCAGGGCGGACAUCGCCAGCCUCGAGCCCCGCAAACACGUCGCCAUUCUCGGGAUCGAGGCGCACAUCUGUGUCUUGCAGACCUCCUUGGACUUACUCCGCCAAGGAUUCCAUGUCCACGUCUUGGCCGAUGCCGUCAGCAGCUGCAACCCCGAGGAACGCGCAUUCGCGUUCCAGUCGAUCAGAGAGGCCGGAGGGACGAUCACGACCACCGAGUCGUUCCUCUAUCGGGUCCUGGCCGACGCCAACCAUCCCCAAGCCAAGGACAUCUUUGCCAUCGUGAAGGAGUAUAGCACGGCCACCAGAGACGCCCUGGGCGCUCUAUGCGCCACUUGAAUCGACCGACUUCCGAGUUUGAUUAUGUAGCUGGGGCGCAAAAACACCAAAUGAAAGAUGAUCUGAGGGUGAGAUGGUAUCCCCCGAUCCAGACUGUCUAUUCAUAUGUGAAUGCGGCUACAUACUGCGGUCUUCUUGGAAACCCCUAUGAUCGCUUCUGUUUAGUAAGGGUGCGUGGUGAGGACGAUGGCCUGGAUGAGGAAGGGAGACCAUCUGGUCAGUCCGCUGGUGGAGUGUACUUACUUACCAUGGUGCACUUGUCAAGACUCUCCAUCUGCUCGAAAGGUUAAACAUAUUGUAUCUUUUCCUGUCUCAUCACCCAAUGCAAUAUAUCCAUCCAAGCUUGUUAACAUCAACA